CGCUUUUAUUUUGAAGGCACCACCCUUCCCUCUGUAGUCAGUGUGUGACCUCUGGUAGCUUGACGAGGUUUGAAACGAGGAAACAGAAACCUACUGCUGAACGUCAACAUGGAUCCAGGUCUCACCAUCGUCCUGCUGGGAAACGCCGGUGUUGGUAAGAGUGCUUCAGGAAACACCAUCCUGGAUCGCCCUGCGUUCGAGUCCAGACAGAGCCCGACCCCGGUGACCAGGCAGAUCUCCGAGGCCACUGAGACCGUGUUUGGGAAGCAGGUCUCGGUGGUGGACACCCCGGGGAUCCUGGGCUCAGAGCGGCUGAUCCAGGCCUGGUGCCAGGAGCUCCGGGGGUCUGGCAGAGAGACCUUGUUCCUGCUGGUGUUCAGUGUGGGGCGCUUCACCAAAGAGCAGGGGAAGGUUCUGGUGGCAGCUCACAGAGUCCUCGGACCUCAGGACUUCAACCGGUGUUUCCUGCUGUUCACCGGGGGGGACGCCUUGGAGGGCCAGGCUCUGGAGGACUUCAUCCUUGAAGACGAGGACACUGCAGCUCACUGCUCAACGUUCUCAGACAGAUAUCAUCUGUUCAACAACCAGAGCGGAGGGCAGGAACAAGUCCGAGAGCUGCUGGAGAAGACGGGCCAACUCCAAGCCCAGAACCCCCCCCCAGCAGGUGUCCCGCAGUCAGUCCGAUUGGAGGAGGUGAGGCUGGUGCUGCUCGGCCCUCCUGGAGGAGGGAAGAGUUCCUCAGGGAACACCAUCCUGGGGUCGGAUCAGUUUGCGUCGGACCCUGGCUUUAACCCCAUCAGCACUGAGUCGGUCAGUCACUCUGCGGGGGUGGGGGGGCGUCAGGUCACCGUGGUGGACACUCCAGGAAUCACAGCUGGAAGUGAGUCUCCUGAACAGCUGUCUAAAGAGAUCCUGAAGUCCAUAGAGCAGGCGAGUCCAGGACCGCACGCCCUGGUUCUGGUGCUCAGGCUGGGCAGCAUCAGCUCGGCAGACAUCGCUCUGUUUGAGAACCUGAAGCAGCUGCUCAGAGGCCAGGUUUGGAGCUACUCCAUGGUGCUCUUCACUCAUGGGGACAAGUUAGGAGGUCAGUCCAUCGAGGGUCUGAUCCGGUCCAACAGUCAUGUCUCUAAGCUGGUCUCCAUGUGUGGAGGUAGAUACUGUGUGUUUGACAACAGGAGAAGAAUCAGACAGCAGGUCAGAACCUUCCUGUCUAAGAUAGAUGAGAUGGUCUCAGCUAACGGAGGUCAGCACUACACAGACCAGAUGUUCAGGAGGGCUCAGAGAGGAAGAGUUUACAGAGCGUUAGCUAGCGUUUGGAAGACCUUAAAGCAGCACAAGUUCUGGUUCUUUGGAACCCUCUCAGGCCUCUCGGUGCUGUUGAUGUAUGCCUUCAGAACAUAUAACACCCAGAUUACUCUCUCAGAACCAGGGUCAAAAGGGGCGUAUCUGCACUUCCUGGAAGGAGUCGGAGGGCACCGUCUGCUCCACCACCAGCCGGACCCCUUUCUCCAGGACCCGGUAGUACCGCGUCACCUCCUGCAGCUCGGCCUGCAGACGCUGCUCCACCUGCAGAUGCUGAUGCGUCUCGUCCCUCAGCUUCAGCUCGUACUUCCUCUCCACCCGUCGGAUCUCCUCCCUCAGCUUCCUGUUGUAGAGCACCCUAAGCUCCGCCUCUCUGCGGUCCAGCAUCUCCACCACCUCCUCGUAGCGGACGACGGCCGUCAGCUCGGGGCCCGCCUCCUUCAGCAGCUGAGGCCCCACAGCGUCUCCGUGGGUGAAGAGGACGAUGGUGUGUUUCCAGGCGUCCGCCCCGAAGAUCUGCUCCAGCUGAAGCACGGCGUCUCGCUCCUCCCCGGUGAACGGCCCCACCCUGAUGACCAGCAGGAAGGCCUUGACAGUUUGACUACAAUAGACCUCGGCAAGACUUCCCCGGGCGGCUUCGGCAUCAGGGCGCGGUGCGCUCUCUCAACUCGUAGUUCAAAUGUAGCCGGGAGGUCCGAACCCUCCCUCAGCAAAUCCUCCACAAAGGCUCCCAUCGACGGGGAAUUAUCCUCCGCCCCCUCUUUAACACCGUGGAUUCGGAUAUUUUCCCGUCUGGACCGACCCUCCAGCACCACUGUCUCUGGUCUCCUGCAGGGAAUACGCUGUUCCACCAUGGAUCAAAAACCAGAUCUCACCAUCGUCCUCCUGGGAAACACUGGCGUUGGUAAGAGUGCUGCAGGAAACACCAUCCUGGGACGAACAGUGUUUGAGUCAAAGAAGUCCUUCAGAUCAGUGACAAAACAGAUCUCUGAAGCAAAAUCAAAAUCUUUUGGGAAGCAGAUCUCAGUGAUCGACACUCCGGGAAUAAUCGGGUCUGAAGAGGUGAUUAAGACUCUGUGCCAGAAUCUCCUGCGGUCCUCCGGAGUGUGUCUGUUCCUGGUGGUUGUCAAAAUAGAUCGAUUCACUAUCGAGCAGAACACCGCUGUAGAUAAAGCUCUACAAGCCAUCGGAGAGAACGGCUUGGACUCAUGUUUCCUGCUCUUCACAUCAGGAGACACCUUAGAACACAUGUCACUGGAAGAGUUCAUUAAAGAUGAUCCAGAAGGUCCUCUGAAGCCUGUCGUAGAAAAGUUUCAACAGAGGUAUCAUCUGUUCAACAAUGAAGACACAAGAUCAAAAAAACAAGUCCGACAGCUGCUGGAGAAAGCAGGUACCCUCAGAGAAGGUGAGGUCUCUUACACUGAAGCUGGAAGUCUCCUAAACCCCAUGGCAGUGGAAGUGAAUAUCGAUGAUGAUCCAGAAGCUUCACUUCUGCCACCUGAUGAAGCGGUUGAAGGGCACCAUGGGGUUAGCAGCGGGGCCAUCGCUCUACAAGGUGGUGCCCACUGACUGUUACGGAGUCAUCUCUGGAAUCCAUCGAUCUCAUUGAUUAGCGG